AUUGGUCCCGACACCUAUUUGAUGGCAACGCGCGGUCCUGCAUUUAACAGCCGCGUACGAGACUAUCGUCGUGAAUUGUUUGGUGAUGGAGCACCACUGGUUAGGCAAGGUUUCCUAGGAUACAGAAAUCAAGACAUAACCGUUAGAGAACGUCGAAGAUAUACGGAUAUACUUCGCGAGCUGCAAACAGGUGUGCAGCCAAAACCAAAUGAGCAUGUGAAUUCACUGCAAAAGGCUCCGUCACUGACAGCUAUCGAGAGGAUCAAGGCUGAUAUUGAGAAGGUGGCACCAAGUGCAACGAGAAGAAAUGCGGAUGGGACCUACGCUCCCAUUUUUGUAUCUCGCCUUCGUGAUGUCUACCUAAAAAACGAAUCCUUCGUCAUAUUUGAAUGUGCAGUCACCGGAAGCCCAUUACCAAGAGUUGAAUGGCAGUUCCAAGGCAGUAAUUUGGAAAAUGAUGCAAGAUACCGUAUUGAAAAGGAUCAAACCGUAUGCCGCCUUACAAUCAACCAACCAGCUGUUUAUGAUCUCGGAGAAUAUACUUGUACAGCAACAAAUGAAUACGGUAGCGAUAAGACAACAUGCAGACUUAUCACAGGAGAAGCUCCGUCACGACCAGGCCGUCCAGAUUGUGAAAUCACAUCUGAUACUGAAGCAUUUGUCACUUGGGAAGCCCCUGAAGGCCCAACCUACCUGGAGGGUAUCACUUACCGCCUAGAAUAUCGACUUGCUGGAAUCGAUGACGUCUUCUCACCAUGGGUGCUUAUCAGCGAUUCCGUAGAUGAUGAAGCUGCUGUUGUAAAGCAUUUGGAACCGUUAGGAUUUUAUCAAUUCCGUGUUACUGCCAGAAAUGGUUUCGGUCUAGGAGUACCUAGCCUAAUUAGUAGGAUAAUCCAAGCCAAUGGCAGAGGAGCAACAAAAAUACAACUAGAUGCUCUGAGACAAGAUUUCCGCUUCAACGUCGUCGCCCUGCCCCAAAAGACCUCAACUCAUCAACUUGAGGGUAUUUCUGAAGAGAGUGAAGAGGAGGUUUCUAGAACGGAACCACAUAUGCCAGGCCAAUUGCUCAACGAGGACCCAGCAAAACGAUUCCAAAUCGAGCACUUGCUCUUCAAGGGAAGGUUUUCAGUACUGAGACUUUGCGUUGAUUCAGAAAAAGAGGCA